AUGCUUAGCGGACUGAUGAUGCAGAUUGCGAUGCAGCUGGGUCUGCAUCGGCCUGUCCAGGCAGAGGAGUUUACGACGUUCCGAAUGGAAGCUCAAGGAGAAGCAGUGAAGGAUCGUUUACAGACAUGGGCUAUCUGUAAUAUUGUGGCUCAGAACGUCGCAACCGGCUACGGACAGCCCCCAGGUACCAUUUAUGAUUGGGCGCUUGAACCACCAUCUCUCCGAGACGCCGAUUACAAUCCUUCGGAUGACUUGCGAAUCCGGUUGCGGAUUGAAAAGUUCUGUGACCGCGUGACAAAGGCACUAUAUAGCGGAAAGCCUGACCCAGCCGAAUUCAUCAGUUCGGAGAAAUUGUUAAUCGUCCAGCUUCUGGAGAGUGAACUCCGGGAGAUGGAAGUCGACUUUGGUCGCGACAUAUCUAAUAUCAAUAUGAUCCAUCUGCGAGCCGCGGAGUUGCACCUGAGAUACUUUGUAUUCCUUGGUUCUAAUCCACGAGGUGAAGAUUUGACAAAGCUUUUCAUCGCCACGACGUCAUUCCUCGGACGAGUUUUGGACUUGGAGACAUCUCCUGGAGAACUGAUUGGCCACGCCACCAAUUAUAUCCUUCAGAUGAUAGUCUCUGCAGCCUUUGCCCUUAUGAAGCUCUUGAAGAGUGAUUUCAGCCGUCAUAUCGACUUCGAUCACGGCAAAUUACUGUUCAAUGGAGCCAUUUCGGCCAUCCGACGGAUAAGUGUUAUGGAUCAUGAUCGCCCUGUUCGCCUCGCCGAUAUUUUGGCUCAGAUGUGGAAUGCAAACGAGGCAGCACACUCUCCGGGCGAUAAUGUCUUGGAGCUGAAAGUUCGCUGCAGAAUGAGCAUGAGUCAUGUCUAUGACACGGUCUGGCGCUGGCGGCAGAGAUUCAGGCCUAUGCGAAGCAUCGAGGACUCACAAGUCACAGUGGCUGACCCAAACAUAUCGGCGGCCGCAGGCACUGUCACCCGGCAGCAGGAUGAUACACUAGAUGAAACUGGUUUGAUCUAUCCGCCCAAUUUCGACCAAGGGGCCUUCAUCAGUGAAGCAGGGUUCUCCGAAGUUUUUGAUUCUCUCAACUGGGUUUUUGAUGGGAUUCCCGAUUCUUUCGUUGCACCACCGGUCAUGUAG